UACUUAGUCGUCGCUUCCCCCAACCGCUCCGUGCACCGAGCAUUCAGCGCAUCCAUCUCCGUCAUGCAGCUGCUCACGAAGGCUUCUGUCGUCGUCUUCGCCUCCUUCCUCGGGCUCGCCAGCGCGCAGGCGCUAAACAGCACUAACGGUACCUUGUUCUGGUUCACUCCGGGGCUCGGCGCAUGCGGCUUCACGAACACAAGCGACCAGGUCGUGGCGUCCGUCUCCGCUGAUGUCUUUAACAACUUCCCAGGCGCGACUCCGAACCCGAAUGACAACCCCAUCUGUGAUCACAACUUGACCGUCUCCUAUAACGGCACCAACGUGACGGCGCCGAUCGUCGACUACGCACCGGACGCCUCGGAAUCGUACGUCGGCUUUUCGCCCGCCGCGUUUGAAGAGUUUGAGUCUACGGACGCAGGCAUCAUCUCUGGCGUAGAAUGGGAGAUCGUCUGAGCUUGGGCCAUGGCGGAAGUCGGCACUGUUCCCGAGCCGAGGUGUUACGGACUGUUGGACUGUCGGACGGACGAUGUUCGAACUGUUGUUGUUUUUGUGGCGCGGAAUGGUUCGCUGACUGAAGGACGAUGUUGUACGGGAUCUUGCUGUAUGUCGCACCAGUCUUCGCCAACUGAUUCGCGUGAUGUUGACUAUUCUCCGUCAAAUGGUGACGGUUCGCGCGGAAGUGCCGGUGUGCAGUCAUAAAGAAGGAACUAGCAUGCCAUCGGGCGGCGAGUCGUUCAUCAAUGGGCAUACAGACAGGAAGACACAGGCUGAAGGGACGAGUCAUGCAACGUCCGAGGAUAGUUGAACGGAAGUGAUGCGGUGAACAAGCUAUUUAGCCGUGGAAAAACAUCCUGCGCGUCGAGGAGGUAGGAUCGGUGCUCACGGUUGCUCACAGCACGAUUGACUCAGAUAUAGAAUUGG